AUGUCAUCCAUGUCCGCCGCCUGUAUCACUGCCCUCGAUUACCCACUCACACCUCGCUGUCCGACCCCAUUGCGCCCCAGCGGCCUGUCUGGCUCUCUUGCCAGCAGUCUUCUGGAAUCUGCUCCCUCCAUCGCCGCCCACUCAUUGGCUGCCACGCCCGCUGGCCUUGUUCACCCGCUGUCCUCGAGGCUCUGGCUCUCGCUGCCACUGGACCCAGCUCCCGCUCCAACAAAGGGGCGCCCGCUGCUGGCCGCUGGCGAUCAAAGCCUAAUUGUCAUUAUUCCCGACACCACACGUCCUCUUACGCUCUCUCUCACACUGGCACUCGCUCCUUCUCGCUGGUGGCGCAACUCUAAUUCCAUCCUUCUUACUCACAUCCAAUAUUACUACGUCUUACGUCUGCACCCUCGCUGUUUUGCUCACGGCACUAACGUGGCUUGGGUCACAUCGCUCUCCAUGUUACAUCUGAACUUACUGCUCCAGUCACGGCCAUGCUCCGUCAAUCUGGCUGCACCAUCCGUCGCCACCACGGCCACCAGCUGCCAGAGAGGCACAGAGGCCCGCCCCCAGGUAUUAUCGCCUGGGUUCCCUGCUAGGCCCGUAUUGGCGAUCGGCAUGCAUUUCCGCACGACGUGGCUACCCACCCAAAUGCCGCACGCUGACCCUCCCAGAUCCCUGGUCUGCAGUGUCCAUCAUUGGCCGCCGCUACACUAA